AUGGAGCCCUUGCGGGUCCUGGAGCUGUACAGCGGCAUUGGUGGCAUGCACCACGCACUGAGAGAAAGCUGUAUACCCGCACAAGUGGUAGCUGCCGUUGAUGUAAACACUGUCACUAAUGAAGUAUACAAGUAUAAUUUUCCUCACACACAGUUACUGGUGAAGACAAUUGAAGGCAUUACACUGGAAGAGUUUGACAAAUUAUCUUUCAAUAUGAUUUUAAUGAGCCCUCCAUGUCAGCCAUUCACACGAAUUGGCUUACAGGGUGAUAUAACUGAUCCAAGGACAAAUAGCUUCUUAUACAUUCUAAGUAUUCUCCCAAGAUUACAAAAUUUGCCAAAGUAUAUUCUUUUAGAAAAUGUUAAAGGUUUUGAAGUAUCUUCUACAAGAGACAUGUUGAUACAAACAAUAGAAAAUUGUGGCUUUCAGUACCAAGAAUUUCUGUUAUCUCCAACCUCUCUUGGCAUUCCAAAUUCAAGGCUAAGGUACUUCCUUAUUGCAAAACUUCAGUCAGAGCCAUUACCUUUUCAAGUCCCUGGUCAGGUACUGAUGGAGUUUCCCAAAACUGAAUAUGAAUACACACAAAAAUGUGCAGUGGAUGCAGAAAAUAAAAUUAAAAAAAAGAAAACAGAACCCAGUAUUUGCUUUGAUAGAAGUAUGCAAUGUUCUGGAAAAGAUGCCAUUCUUUUUAAGCUUGAAACUGCAGAAGAAAUUCAAAGAAAACAUAAACAGGACAGUGAUCUCUCUGUGCAAAUGCUAAAAGAUUUUCUCGAAGAUGAUAUUGACACCAAUCAGUACAUUUUGCCACCAAAGUCAUUACUGCGAUAUGCUCUUUUAUUAGGUAUUGUUAAGCCCACUUGCAGAUGGUCCACGUGCUUUACCAAAGGUUAUGGAAGCUACAUAGAAGGGACAGGAUCUGUGUUACAGACUGCAGAGGAUGUACAGAUUGAGAAUAUCUACAAGUCCCUUAAUAAUUUGCCACAAGAAGAUAAGAUAACAAAGUUGUCAAUGCUUAAAUUGCGAUAUUUCACUCCUAAAGAAAUAGCAAAUCUCCUUGGAUUUCCUCCAGAGUUUGGAUUUUCUGAGAAGAUAACAGUGAAGCAAUGUUCUCUACUUGGAAAUAGUCUCAACGUGCAUGUAGUAGCUAAACUAAUCAAAAUCCUUUGUGAAUAA